UGCAGUUUGAAGUGAAAAAAAUUUGAUGAACCUUAACCUAGAAUAGUUUGUGUACAAUAAAGAAAAUAAACAUCUCGCAGUGUCUGAAAAUAUUUGAGAGAUCGAGAGAUUUGUGGUACAUCGAUUAAUUGACUUGAUUGUUCACUGAUAAAACAAUAGCAAUAAUGUCGAAACGUAAAUACGACGAGAUUCUCACGGACGAGAGGAAUUGGUCAGCUGCGACGAGAGCAAAUGAAAAACAACAUACCCUUGACUCUGACGAAGAGGACGAUGAAGUUAAAGAGGAUACGUACAAUGUCAUGAAUCCUGACGAUCUAGAAGGAACUGAGGAGGCAUCCGCUGCAGCUGAGACCAACGUCGGCUUCACGGCUUUCAACAUGAAGGAGGAACUUGAAGAGGGACAUUUUGAUAAGGAUGGACAUUACCUGUGGAACAAGGAUAAAGAAAUUCGGGACAACUGGUUGGACAAUAUUGAUUGGAUUAAAAUUAAACCGAAAGCAUCAGGAGGUGGAAGUGAUGAUAAAAAUGAAGAAGAAAAAGGAUUGGCUGAUAGUGACAGCGAGGAAGAGCCAGGUGUGAUGUUCGACCCAAUCCCAUUGUACAAACAGAUACUGAGUUACUUAAAUCCCGGUGAAACGGUAUCAAAAGCUCUCUGCAGACUAGGUAAAGGAAAAAAACACAUAUCCUCCGCGGAGCGAUGGAAGAGAAAAAAAGCUGGACUCAGUGAAACCGACGAAAACUCUGAUAAAAUCGUCAAACUCACAGAACUCGCCAAUGAAUUGUUAACGCGCACCGGUAAUAUGGAUAUCUAUCAGGAGGGAUACGACGAGAUCAAGAAAAAGGUCGAUAAAUCAGUGAAACAUUCUCACCCCUCGAAAGAAGAAGCUGAACUUGACAUGUACGCUGAUGAUUUUGACACAAAAGAAAAGCAAAAAUUAGUGGAAAUAAGUGAAGUUGGCACUUCGUCAAAAGAGGAUGAAGAAACAAUGAAGGAGUCGGUGGAUGCUGAAGUGACAUGGGAAUUAAAGUGGUCACAAGGAGAAAACAGUGAGAUUCAUGGACCACAUAGCAGCCAGCAGAUGCAUAAAUGGGCGAAGGAAGGUUAUUUCAAAAAUAGUGGCUGGGUUCGUCGCACCUCUCAGCCCGGAUCGUUCUACAGUGCUGCGAGGGUCGAUUUCGAAUUAUACAUGUAAUUUAUCAUCUUUAUCCUCUUUAUUGUCUACAAACCAAUGAACGUCAGAAUUAUGUUUAAAAAUAAUAUUUCCAUAUUUACAAACAGGAGUUACAUUCAAUUGCAUCAAUGCAAUUGUCUUUAAUGUCUUAUCCUCUUUUUUGGAGUUGUUUCAGGGAUUUCCCUGCACUCCGGGUAGAUUCUGUCGCAUUCACUGAAACUGUUAAGUCAUUCAAUCAUUUCAAAUCUUUAUAAUUAUUAAUUUUUUUUUUUCAAGGGUUUAUUUACUUGAUGGAAGUAUGUAUUUUUGUAAAAAUCUUAUUUUGAUAUUGCAAACGAUUGGUGGAUGAAUAAAGAAGUUGUGGAUUUUAAAAGCAGCGCGAAGAUUUUUUCGACUGCUACAUGGGAAAAAAUA